CCCAUCGGGGGACCCGGCCUCCCGCCGCCACCCCCACCCCCUUUUCUCGGCUCUACCUUCCUGGCCGGCUGUGGGGGUCAGCAGGCAGCAUGGGCGUGGGGUCGGGGCUGGGAACCGCGGCGGGCGGCUCGCUGCUGCUGUGCGCCGCGCUGCUGGCCGCGGGCUGCGCGCUGGGCCUGCGCCUGGGCCGCGGGCGGGGAGCGGCGGACCGCGCGGCGCUCGCCUGGCUCUGCUACGACGCCCUGGUGCACGGCGCUCUGGAAGGCUCUUUUGUCUACUUGUCUUUCAUGGGAAACAUUGCUGAUUCUGAUAGCUUCAUUGCUUCCUUGUGGAAAGAAUAUGGCAAAGCUGAUGCAAGAUGGGUUAAUUUUGACCCAACCAUUGUGUCUGUGGAAAUUCUGACUGUUGUCCUGGAUGGGUCUCUGGCACUGGUCCUCAUGUACGCCAUAGUCAAAGAGAAAUAUUAUCGGCCCAAGAGGUGGCAGCAAAGGGGGGCAUUUCCACCUCCUGCUCACUCGGAACUGUCCCAUCUUGAUCCAGGCUCUGGGACAAGGGACACAGAAUGCACGACCAUGUCACUCCUGUUGAUUUCCCAAUAGUUGUAGGAAAGCCGGGGCUGGGGCUUCUGGAAGGGAGCGGCACCCCAGCCUUGUGAGUCAUAUUGGUACUGAGGAAAGUGCAAGUCCUGUUCAGGGUGACCUCACCACCCCGCCUGAGGCUGGGGCUGGGGAACUUGAGGCCAGAAGGCAAGGCAAGGUCCUGGCCCACCCACGUGUUGAGGAUGGAGCCUGGUCUACUUUCAAGAACACAACUAGCCCAACCCCACCAGGAAGUGAGUGUUGAACUGUGAGAAUGAAUAACUGAAAAUCAAAACUCAGCAGGAUCUAAGCAAAACUUUAUGUUCAACAGAAAGUAGGAACUCCCCGUGGUUCCUACUUUCACCAAAAGAUUGAUUCUAAUUGAGAGGGAAGGAGAAAAAUAUUCAAAAUCAGUGACUCAGAAAACAGAAACUCAGCCUCAAAUUCAAAGGAGUAAUUCAAAGAAAAGAAGAAUCAAAAUUGCAGAAUGAUAUGGUCAUAAUCCAGAGACAAUUUAUAUGCAUGAUGCCUCCUUUUAUUUGAAGAAUUGAAGUGCUCUCCAAAGUAGAAACAAUUCUUUCUCUACACCGUGUUUACAAAAGAGAGCACCAUUUUGGAAAACAAGACAGAAAUCACCACUUAUUUUUUCCUAAGCUUCCUUGUGUUGCAUCUCUGAAAUACACAUAUGUGUGUACACAUAAAUGUGUAUCUGAGCAGAGGAGCAGGACAGAAGCCACUCCAUUGGCCCCCCACCUCCUACUUCCAUGUUCCUGGAGUGCUGUGACCUGCCUCACUGGGAGACAAGGGCUGGAGCUGUCUUCAAGGACUGCCCUCUCAUUUAGUUGGCAGCAGAUAAGGGAGUGGAAUUCCCAGUCAAAAGUGCUGGAUGGAGCUGGAGAGCAUUAUGCUAAGUGAAAUAAGUCAGUCUGAGAAAGACAAAUAUCACAUGAUCUCACUCAUUUAUGGAUUAUAAUGAACAACAUAAACUGAUGAACAAAAACAGAUUUGG